AUGCGGUCACAGUCAAGUGACCCAUUGCCAACCAGUCAGGAUUCAAAAUUUCCAAAUAUCGUUAAGCUUGCGGCAUUAGAGAGGCAAGUGUUUGAUUUCCUGGGAUACCAGUGGGCCCCUAUCCUAGCCAACUUCCUCCACAUCAUCAUCGUUAUCCUUGGCCUGUUUGGCACUAUUCAAUAUAGACCUCGCUACAUAGUGGUGUAUGCCAUCUGGACUGCAAUUUGGGUCACCUGGAACAUCUUCAUCAUCUGCUUUUACUUAGAAGUGGGAGGGCUCUCAAAGGACAGUGAACUCUUGACAUUCAACAUCUCCCGGCACCAGUCAUGGUGGAGUGAAAAUGGUCCUGGCUGUGUAAGGAAGGAGGCUUCAAUGUCUGGCAUCAAAGGGCUGGAUAGCCAUUCCUACAUCUCUGUGAUAGGCUGUGCCUUGGAGUAUCGGUACAUCGAAGUCAUGCACAGCUCCUUCCAGAUCCUGAUUGCGCUGGUGGGCUUUGUCUACGCCUGUUACGUUGUUAGUGUUUUUACAGAAGAAGAAGACAGCUUUGAUUUCAUUGGUGGAUUUGAUCCAUUUCCUCUCUACCAUGUCAAUGAAAAACCCACCAACCUUUUGUUCAAGCAGACAUACCUGCCUGCGUAAAUAAAGAGGAGCCAGAGGAUGGAUAAACCUUGUACUCCACCAUCAGAGGUGCUGCAGGAAGCAAUCCCUGGUGCCCAGAUCUUUGGCAGAGGAAAUGCAGGAUGUAAACUCCAUUCCAUUUUUUGUUCCUUGUCUUCUUUUCAAAUGCAAUGAAUGUACA